AUGACACCGCCCUCACCACCUUGAUGUUGCUUGCAUCAGUACCUUUCGUGAUAUGAGAAGUCUUCCAGUCAAUCUCAUAUCGAGAUUGGGAGUACACCAAGCACGAUUGAUACAUGAAAAUAUGUCCUCAAAUCUACGCCAAAGAGCUGUCGUCUCGUCCUUCAUUUGUACCCCGCCACAGACCCCCACCGGACUCACAUUUGCCCUUUUCAAACGCAGCGAAGAGAUACGGACAUAUCCGUAAGCGAUCUUCAUGAUUCAGACCUCUCAUCCGGAAUAAUGUAAUGACAAGGACUAGUGGAAAAUGGGCUGUAUGCUCCGGCUCUAUCGAUGCCACGGAUACCAGUCCUGAGAACGCAGCGAAGAGAGAGAUUCUGGAGGAGACAUCUUUGUCGGAUGAAGACAUUUUUCUACUGCGCCGUGGGAAGCCAUUCAGCCUUAUUGAUGAAAACUUGAAGACUCAAUGGACAAUUCAUCCAUUUGCUUGGCAGCGCAAAGCGCAUUCCAAGCCAAUCAAAUUGGAUUGGGAGCACACGGAGUAUCGAUUCAUCAAACCAGAAGAAUUGGCGACAUUAGAUCAUGUUCCACAAUUGGAGAUUGGGUUGAGGAGAGUGCUCGUUAGUCCCGACUUGGAGAGGUCAUUAUCCGUGCUGAAGAACGACCAUGAAAGUGGUGCCCAGGCUCUCGCCAUAAAGGCUCUUGAACUCUUCCUUGAAAAUGUAAACAGUGAUGAACUCUCGAAUAUAACGUCGCCACUUGAGUUUUGGAAGGAGAUUCGAUGGAGGGCUUGGCAUUUGGCGAAGAAUGGUCGGCCAUCUAUGGGUGCAGCUAUUGAAGCAUCUAUGUUCCGAUCUUUGGAUGCCGUCAGAAAGAAACUCGACGAUCCAGGACUUAGACUGAAGGAUGGCUCUGAAUCCGAUCUGCGCAACCUCAAGAAAAUUCUUGAAACCACUCUUUCAGAAAGAAUAUCCACAUUACAGCAUACUUUAUCAAACCUUUCUGACUCCUUUGAGAAGUUCAUAGAGAAGGAUCAAGAGGACUACGAAGGAGGAGCACCAAAAACGACAAACAUCGUCACGCUUUCGGCAUCUGGAACUGUCACGGCUGCACUGUCUAAACUGAUACCAACUCACACUAAAUCAGGACGAGAGAUCAAACUCACAAUCCUAGAAUCAAGACCAAAAUUUGAGGGCGUGAGAGUUGUCAACACACUAAUCAAGUCUUUCGAUUCUGAUCCCGAGAUUAUGAAAAACUUCAAGGUGGAUAUAGUUUCAGAUGCCAGUAUUGCGUCCGCACUCGAAGACGCACAUUUUCUCCUUCUGGGAGCCGACAAGGUCCUACCAGACGGUUCGGUGUCCAACAAGAUUGGUAGCCUGACAGCUGCACUCGUCGCAAAAAAGGAACCAGAAUCGAAAUGCAAGGUUCUGGCUCUGUAUCAAAGCGAUAAAAUCACCGACUCCAGUUUCGAGGGGGGACACUUGAAAAUAGAAACCAACGAUCCUAGCGAGCUAAUGGAAAGCUGGCCAUCUAAGUGUACGGAAGAUAUCGUGGGUGCCCAGAAAGCUGGCUGGCAGGUAGAGGCUAAAAAUAGGUAUUUCGAAUGGGUUCCCAAGGCAUUGGUUGAUGCGCAUAUCACUGAGAGGGGACUGUUGAGUCAGGAUGAUAUCGGACGCAUUGGAAAUGAGACAAGAGUGCUUGAAGAGGAGCUUUUCCAGGACCUUUCGGGUUAG